GCUGGAUCAGUCCGAUUCCCUUCCGGUCCGGUUCGCCGAUUCUCGCGUCCGAGUUACAAGGGUGGCCCCAGUGAUCCCGGUAAAAAGGAGUAUUCCCGUAAACGUGAACAAGUGCGCGCUAGGAAUAUCCAUUCCACGAGUUCCGUCACCGUGUGUGUUCGCCGCAGCUCGUGACUAGAGUCCCGGGUUAGAACACGUCUUCCCGCCAAGAGGAAGCUUCGCCGAAGACGCGGAAUUGUCCUCUGGAUUCCCUCCGAGUCUCUUCCUCAUCCGCGGGAUUAGCAAACAAAGGCUGCUGGACCGUCCAUCCAUCGUCGGACAAUAUCCGAGGCGAGGACUUUGUUCCCCGCUUAUGCAACCGUGCUAAUCGGUGCGCGAAGGAUAACGUCGUCGGGGGUGAGAGUGGUGAUCCGGGCUCGACGGUGGCUGCCAACGAAAUCGCUGGCUGGAGGAAAAACGCAGAAGUGGUUGGUACGAGGAACGAGCCGGGAUCACGGCGGAAAAUGUGAACACGUGAAAGUGGAACGAUACCGUUCUCACACGGCAGGAUACUGGUCCCUGGGACAAAAGAAGAAUCACGCCCUCGCGUGCAGAUGUGCCCGUGCCCGAAGAGUGUCUCUCACGCAACGGUUUCUCCGCGUCUGGUUGCGCAAAGACCUCUCUACCCUCUGAGGAAAAAUGGCCGAGGAUCAGGAUUGUAAAUAUCAGCGAGACCGGCUGUGGACCUAGCUACUAUCGGAAGUCAGAGAAAAAUCCGUGGAACACGAUAAAACCCGAGAAGAGGAUUAUCGGUGUCGAAAGAGAGAAAGGGGGAGAAAGAGACGGAGAAAGAGAGAGAGAGAGAGUAAGAAAGAGAGAGAGAGGUUUGGAAUAGCAUGUUGGAGGACUGGUCAGGAUCGAGCGCGUCGCCGCUGCGACCUGGAAUAAGGGUAGCCAUGUCGGUAUCAGAGACUUUCGUAUCGCCGUGCGUGGAGGGCGGGAGGGACUCUUCAGGUCGCGUGCUCGGGAUUCUUCCCUGAAGAUGUAUGGCACCAAUGAAAGCCACGGGCCGAACCAAUGGCCUUGGACACCGCCUCCUGCGUCCCAACCGCUACCGCCGCAAGCCCAGCAUCAAAACCAUCCCCGACCUCACCCCCACAACCAUCCGAGCCACCCGCCGUACGUACCGCCGCCGUAUCAGCAUCCUCAUCACCACUUGCCGCACGAGAUCUUCAUGCACAAGAGCGCGAUGCAGAUGCACGCGAGGGAGCUGGGCGCGGCGGGUGCACUGACGGCUCGACCCGGCGGCGGUGUGCCCGGCGGACUGGCGGCUCUCGGUCCGAUCGGCGUCGGUCCGGGCGGCAUGAUCGCCGGCAACGAGGUAAAGCCGCACCAGUGCCAGCAAUGCCUCAAGUCAUUCUCCAGCAACCACCAGCUCGUACAGCACAUCAGGGUCCACACCGGCGAGAAACCGUACAAAUGCAGCUACUGCGACCGCAGGUUCAAGCAGCUCAGCCACGUACAACAACAUACCCGCCUGCAUACGG